UUGCAUGUGAGAGAAUUGAGAAAGAGAGAAAGACUGCGCUGAACAUGUAACAGCUUUACUACUUCUUGAUCUUUUGGGUCUUUUAUUCUGAUCGACUGAAGUGGAGAUGUUGAGCUGCCUGGGUAGAAAAUUACGUGUCAACUCAUUGAGUUGCUCCCUUGUGAGGAACAGGUCAUGUAACACCCAGGGCCUAGAAUCGGUGUUCUUGUUCCCCGGACAGGGCAGUCAAGAAGUCGGAAUGUGCAGAGAAUCACUAAGAGAAUCUAGUGUUAGGGAAAUGUUUGAUGAAGCAUCGGAGGUACUCGGCUAUGAUCUGGCUCGUGUAUGUAUGGAUGGUCCGGCGGAUGAAUUAAACCGAACAGCCGUUUGUCAACCGGCUGCCGUUGUGGCCAGCCUCACAGCAGCUUGGAAAUACUCGCUUCAGAACGGUGGACCAUCAUGGCCCUCUCUGAGAGUUGCAGGCUUCAGCGUGGGAGAAAUCACAUCUCUUAUUUAUACAAAAAGCAUCAGUUUUAAGGCAGGUAUGCAGUUAAUUCAAGCCCGGGGACGUGCAAUGCAAGAUGCCAGUGAUCGCUUCCCUGGCGCUAUCCUGUCAGUGCGCGGUUUGAAGCAUGUUGAUGUGAUUGACUUGUGUCGUCGUUGCAAAGAAGAGACGAGACUCGAGUCUAUAGCCCCAUGUAAUUCUCCGGAUUCCUUGUACCUAGGUAUCAGCAGCUUCCUCGCACGGGAAGCAUUCACUGUGGCAGGUCACUCACAGCUCGUGGAUAUGGCAGAAGGCUGUGCUGCAGACAUGGGAGCAUCAGUGCUCCAGCGUCUCUCCGUCGCUGGAGCGUUUCACACUCCCCUAAUGGCCAGUGCUCAGGAAGCGGUGCGCUCUGUGCUGGACUCAGUUGUUGUGUCCAUGCCACGAUGUCCUGUCUAUUCUAAUGUCACUGGCCUGCCAUUCACAUGCCCUGAUGACAUCCGUCAGCGCCUUGUAGAGCAGCUAGUAUUGCCAGUACUCUGGUCAGCUAUUGUUGCCGAUUUGCUUGCGGCAGCUUCAACAAGUACACGCUACAUUGAACUUGGUCCAGGUCGGUCCCUUACCGCCUCUCUGGUCUUGAACAAACGUGCACUUUCCAGACGAUGUGUCAACAUUCACGCAAAUUGAGAAUGCCAGUGUACGGUAUGGACAGUUGGACACACAUAUGCAUGUAUUCCAAGCAUGCUUUGCGGUAGACACGAGUCAGUACCGGUUA